ACUUGUAAAAAAAUGCCUCGUCGCGGACGUUCAGCAAGUCCUCCACCGGCUCCACAGCGAAGAGCUGCGCCCCCGCCAAGCAAUGUGCCCGCUCGUGCUCCUCCAGCAACACCAGCACCAGCACCAAUGACCGCUCAACCACAGCAGCCGUCACUGUUUGGUCAAAUGGCUGCUACCGCUGGAGGAGUGGCUGUUGGUUCUGCAGUGGGUCACAUGGCUGGCAGUGCUUUGACAGGAAUGUUCAGCGGAGGUAGCAGCGAGCCAGUGCCACAACAGCAACCGCAAGCUCAAGCACCAGCUCCUGUGUACAAUCAAAACCAACAACCACAAGGUCCAUGUGCUUGGGAGAUAAAGCAAUUCAUUGAAUGUGCCCAACAGCAGCAUGACCUAUCUCUUUGCGAAGGUUUCAAUGAGGCACUGCGUCAAUGCAAACUGAAUAACCACCUCUAAUUCAAAAUUAAAGAAGCUGCAAAAGGAUUCCAUAGGCUUAUGUUGUACUGGAAAACAUUUGAGAAGAUAGUCUAGAACAUUCUGGAUUACCUCAUUGUAAAAACUUGCCAUUUCAAAUUCAAAAUUGAGUAGCUUCCCAAUAGUUAUUUAGUUCCAACAAACGUAAUUUUCAAUUUUUUGUAGAUAAAUUUUAGUGCUUUUUAUUUGUUUUAUUUUAAGACAAGCAUUAUUAUGUAGUUGUUAAAAAUUGAUUUACGUAAUUUAUAGUGACAUAGAAUUAUACAUAUUAUAUUUAAGACAAUAAAAAUAAUCCAAACC